GUCUCUGGGCACCUACAAAUUUUUAAGUUGAGAUAAAAUUUCUGUAUGUUGAUGGGGUGUGGAAUAAUCCGGUACUUAUAUGCCCUGUGUUACAAAUGGAUUAGGGGCCCCGCCGCCGCCAUGUCCGGCUCGUUCGAUCUCUCGGUGCAAGAUCUCAACGACCUGCUCUCGGACGGCAGCGGCUGCUACAGCCUCCCGAGCCAGCCCUGCAACGAGGUCGUCCCGAGGGUCUACGUGGGCAACGCGUCUGUGGCUCAGGACAUCUCCCAGCUGCAGAAAUUGGGUAUCACCCACGUCCUGAAUGCUGCCGAGGGCAGGUCCUUCAUGCACGUCAACACCAAUGCCAACUUUUACAAGGAUUCCGGCAUCAUCUACUUGGGCAUCAAGGCCAAUGAUACGCAGGAGUUCAACCUCAGCGCCUACUUUGAAAGGGCGGCAGACUUCAUUGACCAGGCCUUGGCGUACAAUAACGGCCGGGUGCUCGUCCACUGCCGUGAGGGGUACAGCCGCUCCCCAACGCUAGUCAUCGCCUACCUCAUGAUGCGGCAGAAGAUGGACGUCAAGUCUGCCCUCAGCACCGUGAGGCAGAAUCGGGAGAUCGGCCCCAAUGAUGGUUUCCUGGCCCAACUCUGCCAGCUCAAUGACAGACUAGUCAAGGAGGGGAAGAACUGCUGAGGAGCGUCUGGCAGGAGCCUGGAGAAGCAGGUCCAUCUUAGGGCCUGACUCCUGGAGGAGUAAAGACCUCUGAUGACAGCAGGGGCAGAACUGUGCAGCCUGGACGGUCACUGUCCCCUCUCCUGUGUGACCACAGCAGCCCUGGACACAUGGGACCCGUCAUCUUCUUUCCAGAAUGAAGUGGCCACAGCCAAACUGUGCACCUCACUCCGUAGUUUCCAAGUGGCUUUCUUGCUCCAUCUGAUUGGCACUUCAUGAUAACCCUGUAAAGUGGACAGAACUUACCUGUGUGUCGUCAUGAGAGAAAACAAAACAAACAAAAACUACCUGGGAUAGCGGGGCACGCUAGCACAUGUCUACAGUCUCAGUUCAUGGGAGGCAGAGGCAGGGGGAUCCCUGCAAGUUCGACGCCAGUAUGGUCUCCAUGUUGAGACUCUAGGCUACAAUAGCAAGAUCCUGUGUUUCAAAAUCAAAACAAUUCGCAUAAUUAAGGGUCACCCAGCACUUUAAAGCUAAGUGCUUUUCAGGCUUGCUGCUUAAGGAAGCUGGGCUCUUCUUGGCUCUAAUGCCUCUGAGACCAGCUCCCAGUGAUGUCCAAGCACCCUGUGCAUGUCUUUGAGCCAUCCCCAGAAAAGGAAGUAAAAGGUGGGUCCCCAGUCAGUUGGGUGACAUGGGUGAGGAUGAACUCUGCUCUGGGAGAGUCUGGGCUCCCCUCCUCCUGCCUCGUCUGGGUGCCAACCCCCCAGGACAGCCCACUGCGGUUUACUCCUGGCAGCCUUUGUGGAAAAAGGAGGAGGAGGGGCCCUUAGGAGACUCCUGCCUUUCCUUUGGGGCUCUUUGCUGAAAGUUGAGGGUUUCUGGGUUGGCUUUACCCCGUGCUCAGAGAGAUUAAGCUCCUACUUCUUCAGCUAGAAUAGCUGUGUGUUGUCGAAGAGCCGCCACGUGCAUGCCCUCGAGUGGGGCCGUUCCUGGAGGGUGGUCUAUCCCCGGAAAGUGAUGGAAUAAAGAAUUCAGGAUGUCCUUUCCUCUUCCCCGGACCUGAUCACUUUCGUUGACUCAUAAAGAUCCAGGUUCAAAUUAAAAUGUAAAAUGGUUUCCUCCUCAGUCUUCAAGUAGGCCGGCUGCCUUCCCAGAGGCAGGCUGUUCCCCUCCGCCAUUCUCCUAUCUUGAGAGCAUAGACCAACAGCACUUACCAAAUGAGGGAACUCCUUUGGCCCACACUAAGGCUCUUUGGGGCUCCAACACGGGAGGUUGUUUUAAGAAUCCCCUGUUGGUUUUUAACACCUCCCCAACCCCCCCCCCCGAAAUGGGCAUGAGUAAUGAUGCUGUGGCCAGCAGGUGGCGCUGUGGAGAAGGUUGGUGCCUUUCCAGCCACAAGUUCACCUUAAGAUGCUUGUAGUAUGAAGAUGCUCAAUGUUUUAAUCAAAAUAAGCACUGAUCUUAAAUAUGGAGAUAAGAGCUUUUCUCACAGAACAUUUUCUUUUUCAUAAAAGUGGCAUCAGCUGGUCCUUCCAGAUCAAGAUUCUAUCCCGAUCGUAAAUAGUAAAUCGUAAUAGUCUCAGGGCAGAGAGAAGUGGUGAAUGUUCAGCUUGUGUUUCUCUAACGUCCUCAGCUGUUAGGGUAACUUGAAUAAGAGUGAUUUACUGGACAGAAAAGGUUCAGGGGAAAGGGGGUGGGGGGUGAGGCAGAGCACUGUCACCUGCCAGAGAGGGCAAGGCCCUGAGUUCGAUUCCUGCCAUUGGGGGAAAAGGAAAGUUUAAUGUCUGUUGUACCACCAGUGUUAACACACUAUAAAAUUGUAACCAAAAUAAAUGUCUUAUCUUACAAAGAGA